AAAUGACAUACUUCAACAUAACUUUAUUGAUACCGGUAGUAACAGCUACCCUGGCCAAGUUGUAGCUUAAUGAUGGCAUCGCCAGUGACAGAUGAAGACCCUGGUCAGGUACCGGCAGCAGCCCGAAGGGCUCACGGCAUGCUGAAGCUGUAUUAUGGUAUAAGCGAGCAAGGGAAGAAUGAGGAAAAAAAUGGCAAGGACUCCGUGGAUCCUACUGAUAUCGAUGGGGCGCGUUUCAAUCCUGAGAUUUAUCUCAGCAAGAUGCGUCAAGAAUGUACCCUGAACCAGUUGAUGGACUGUGAGACUGAGAUGGUGAAGCAGAUCAGAGCCUUGGACAGUGACAUGCAAACACUAGUCUAUGAAAAUUACAACAAAUUCAUCUCGGCUACAGACACUAUCCGAAAAAUGAAAAAUGAUUUUAAAAAGAUGGAAGAUGAGAUGGAUCGUCUUGCAGCUAACAUGGCAGUAAUCACUGAAUUCAGUGCACGGAUUAGCAGUACACUUCAGGAUCAACAUCAACAAAUCACCAAGCUUUCUGGUGUUCACACUUUGCUCCGCAAACUCCAGUUUUUGUUCGAGUUGCCAGCUCGCCUCAACAAGUGUAUAGAGCUAGAGGCGUAUGCCCAAGCAGUGAGGUACUAUGGUAAAGCACGCUGUGUCCUGUACCAGUAUCAGCACAUGCCCUCAUUCCAAGGCAUCCAGAAUGACUGUCAGAAGAUUAUGUCAGAACUAGCCCAGAAACUGCGAGAAAAAUUCGAUCACUCCCCUGUGACACCAGUCACUGCUCUGUGUGCUGAUGCACGAGAGGCAGCACAGAAGCUUUUGAAUCACUAUGUGAAAGUACAGGGACUUAUCAUCUCUCAGAUGUUGCGAAAGAGUGUAGAAACAAGGGACUGGAUCAACACAAUUGAACCACGAAAUGUCAGAGCUGUCAUGAAGCGCGUUGUGGAAGACACAACAUCUAUUGAUGUGCAGGUGGGACUGUUAUAUGAAGAAGGAGUAAGGAAGGCCCAGAGCAGUGACUCCAGUAAAAGAACAUUUUCAGUUUAUAGUACCUCUCGGCAGUUGACCCGUUAUGCUCCCAGCUACACUCCCAGUGCUCCAAUGGAUACCAAUCUCCUUAGUAACAUUCAGAAGUUGUUUUCCGAAAGGAUUGACAUCUUUAGUCCUGUUGAAUUUAAUAAGGUGUCAGUCCUGACAGGUAUUAUCAAGAUCAGCCUCAAGACCUUUCUAGAAUGUGUACGCUUGCGCACAUUUGGGCGCUAUGGUUUGCAGCAAAUCCAAGUAGACUGUUAUUAUUUGCAACUGUAUCUGUGGCGCUUUGUCUCUGAUGAGAAUCUUGUCCAUUUCCUUUUGGAUGAAAUUGUAGGAAGUACAGCCCAUCGCUGUUUGGAUCCCAUUCCAAUGGAACAGAGUGUUAUUGAGGUUAUUUGUGAACGAGGGUGAAAUUUGCUCCAACAAGGAUGAACUGUAAACCAGAAUGUGUCUGAAAUCAUCUGCAUUUGUAGCAGAUUGUUUUAAAAAGAAAAUAAUAGAAAAUGAUAAUAUAAUUACACUACAUUACUGUCAUGUUGCAGAAUUGCUAUGUAUAGUUUCUGACUGUUGGCUACACUUUUGAGAAAAUGAAUAAAUAACUACUGUUGUAUGAAUCUC